AUAAUUUUGUGGGAAUAUGGGCGGGCAGUGGUUGCGUUGCGUGUGCCAAAAGCCGCAGUGAAUCCAUGUAAUAGCGCGACACACCCAACAAGUCUCUGCUCCCACAGGUCAAGCAACCCUCCUGCAAAGCUUCAGGGCGAAUGUAUAUAUUUUAGUGUAACGUAAAUCGCACUUUCAGUUCCCGAUCCUUUUCAAUUUACCUGAAGUCAGGGGGAAAUGGGCUGCUCCUUUUCUGGCUUGAAUGCUCUGUACGAUGCUGUCAAUGGCGGCGGAGACAUUUGGAUCAACGAGAAUCGGUUUAGGAUCGUGAGGCAGCUCGGAGAAGGUGGGUUUGCCUUUGUGUUUUUGGUCAAAGAGGUUAUUUCCGACUCGUCUUCAGCCUCUGGCGGAGGUCUCGCCAAGAAAUUGAAGGACCCAUCUCGUCUUUCUGGUGAUGGCACCUAUGCUUUAAAAAAGGUACUGAUUCAGAGCAGUGAACAAUUGGAGCUGGUGAGGGAGGAGAUACGUGUUUCGUCGCUUUUUAGUCAUCCCAAUCUACUUCCACUUCUUGACCAUGCUAUAAUUGCAGUUAAGUCAUCUACUGAAGGAUCUGUAAAACAUGAAGCCUACUUAUUAUUUCCAGUUCACUUGGAUGGAACAUUACUGGACAAUGCCCAGACCAUGAAGGCUAAGAAGGAAUUCUUUUCUACUGUGGAUGUCCUGGAAAUAUUUCGCCAGCUCUGUGCAGGGCUUAAGCAUAUGCACAGUAGUGAGCCUCCUUAUGCACACAAUGAUGUGAAGCCUGGCAAUGUUCUUUUAACUCAUAGAAAAGGAAAGUCACCUCAUGCAAUAUUGAUGGAUUUUGGCAGUGCUCGACCUGCUAGAAGGGAAAUUCAUUCUCGUUCGGAGGCACUCCAAUUGCAGGAAUGGGCAUCUGAGCAUUGUUCAGCACCUUCCCGAGCACCAGAGCUAUGGGAUUGUCCAAGCCAUGCAGACAUUGAUGAGAGGACUGAUAUCUGGUCACUGGGAUGUACUUUGUAUGCAAUAAUGUAUGGGGUAUCUCCAUUUGAGUAUGCACUUGGAGAAUCUGGUGGAAGCCUUCAAUUGGCAAUUGUAAAUGCACAAAUCAAAUGGCCAGCAGGACCUAAUCCUCCAUAUCCUGAUGCUCUCCAUCAGUUUAUAAAAUGGAUGCUUCAGCCGCAGGCUGCAGUUCGACCUCGGAUCGAUGAUAUCGUCCUCCAUGUUGACAAGUUGAUCGCGAAGUUUUCUAAUUAGAAAAACUGGUGAUGAUAUCGUCCGGCAACUUUUGUGCCUCGAUUCGUAAAACGCCAAUUUAAUCAGGUACAAUUUGUUAUCUGGAGGUUAUUUUUCUGUUAUCUAGCAGUAGCUGAGAAUUGAUUCAAGUUCUUUCCUCUUUUUAUGCCCUUCAAAAUUCUGUGAAUCCCUCAAACUUCCAUCUAGUUUCUAGAACUGCAGUGUACUUACUGGGAUUGUUGAUAUGAUAGUCUGAAAAUUAAAGGAGGCGUAUGUAUAAGUGAGAACAGGAAUCUACCACUAGUUUAGAUGGGAGGGUCAAUGUUUGUUGUCAAAAGUAGUUUAAGAGGAUAGACGAUAUGUUUAGUUUACAAGAAAUGAUGCAGUACAUGAGUUUGCAUGCU